CCUCUCUUCUAUUCGCUUUAUAACUCCCCUCCAGUGAACAUUUUCACCCUUUCCCUCUGUUUCCUUUCUUUCCUAUCCAUAGUAUCCAUAGAGCAAAUGCUUGAAAGCGUUGCCAGUGGUCUUUCAAGUGCACAAAUAGCAGAAGAAAGUUUUUUAAAAGAUUGCUCCCGGCUAAAUGUGAACAGUAGCCGUAAGUUAUCACGUAGUGCUACGGAACUCCGUGAUAAUAUAAAUAAUGAGAAUAGUUCAUCUAUUGGUCCUUCACCGGAACAUCGACUAGUUUGUACAGCUACUAGCGAAAUUGUUCAACAACAGCAUCGUCAUAUUUCGGUAGCUCAACGUACACAUACAUUUUUUACUACGUUGAAAUCACGCUGGCAUGGGAACCGUAGUAAGGACCGUAAGAAGACCAAGGAUGCGGAUAUACUGUUAGACUUGCAAGGGAACUGCAGUAUCAACCAAGAAUCGGAUUAUACAGCAGAUUAUUCUUCGGAACAAAGCAGAAGUUCAUCCACAACUCAUAGUCCUGCCAGGCAUUACUUUAGUCAUUUUGGAUCUUCAUUGAUACGUUCUAAAAUUGAUGAUACAUCUGUAAAUUCACAUGAUGUCAGUUCCGGCCGAUGCAGUGACAACACCUCUAAAUACCAAAAGCUUUGUGCUUCGUCGGAUUCUGCAGCUAUUUCGACUAAUGAUUUUGUUGAACCAAUUCAACAAAUAAACGACAAGCUAUUUAAUGUCUCAAAUAGUAUUUCACAGGAUGAAAGUGUGAGAUAUCGAGAGCUUGCACUCCGUCAACAUGCUUUUUUUCAACUACGAUUACACUUACGAAGAGGUGCAAAUCUUAUAGCAAUGGAUCGAUGUGGAGCUAGUGAUCCUUAUGUCAAAAUUAAAUCCUGCGGUCGUUUAUUACAUAAGUCACGAAUAGUUCAUAGAGAAUUAAAUCCAGUGUGGGAUGAAAGCGUGACAUUACCAAUUGAAGAUCCAUUGCAACCAAUAAAUUUCAAGGUUUUUGAUUUUGAUUGGGGAUUUCAAGAUGAUUUCAUGGGUGCAGCAUUGCUUGAUUUAAGACAAUUGAAUAUAGGACAGUGUCAAGAUAUUACAUUAGAGCUUAAAAAUCUUGCUCGACCACGACAGUAUCUUGGAGAAAUUUAUAUAUCUGCUACGUUAUGGCCCAGAAAUCAACAUGAAAAAGAACAGUAUUUUCAAAGAAGUAGUCGUUUGGCAGAAGUAAAUCGGAAAUUAAAAUCUCAAAUAUGGAGUUCUGUUGUUACAAUUGUUCUCGUUGAAGCAAAAAAUUUAUUACCAAUGCAUAUAGAUGGUCUUUCAGAUCCAUAUGUUAAAUUUCGCUUGGGAUCAGAAAAAUAUAAAUCGAAAGUUGCAAAUAAGACGUUAAACCCCAUAUGGCUUGAGCAAUUUGAUCUCCACCUUUAUGAAGAUCCAUAUGUAGGUCAAGAGCUUGAGGUGACUCUCUGGGAUAGGGAUCGUAGUCAUCAAGAUGAUCUCAUGGGGCGUGUCGUUAUCGAUCUUACAACUUUAGGGCGUGAAACAACGCAUCGCUUGUGGCGGAGUCUUGAAGAUGGUGCGGGAAAUAUUUUUUUGUUGCUUACGAUAAGUGGCACCACAGCGAGUGAAACCAUUAGUGAUCUGUCAGUACAUGAAGAGUCACACCAAGAAAAAGUGCAAAUUAUUCAGAAAUAUUCUUUAUCGAACACCCUUCAAAGGAUCAAAGAUGUUGGGCAUUUAACAGUCAAGGUCUAUCGAGCUCAAGGUCUUGCUGCAGCUGAUUUGGGAGGUAAAAGUGAUCCGUUUUGUGUUCUUGAACUUGUAAAUUCAAGAUUGCAAACUCAAACUGAAUAUAAAACAUUAGCUCCUAUUUGGCAAAAAAUAUUCACAUUCAAUGUGAAAGAUAUAAAUUCAGUGCUGGAAGUGACGGUAUAUGAUGAAGAUAGAGAUCAUAAGGUGGAAUUUCUUGGUAAAGUGGUAAUACCACUAUUGAAAAUACAGAAUGGUGAAAAGCGUUGGUACGCCUUAAAAGACAAGAAGUUACGAUGUCGCGCAAAGGGCAAUGGUCCACAAAUUCUAAUCGAACUUACGAUCAUUUGGAACGUUUUGCGUGCUUGUAUAAGGACCCUCAAUCCAAAAGAAAAGAAGUAUAUGGAACCGGAGAUAAAAUUCAAGAGACAAGUCUUUCUCAGAAAUGUUCUGAGACUCAAAUCAAUUAUUGUUACAUUCAUCGAUUUGGGCAAAUAUAUUCAAAGUUGCUGGGAAUGGGAAAGUAAAAUGCGAAGCAUAAUAGCGCUUAUAUUUUUUAUGAUUGUGGUUUAUUACUUUGAGCCUUACAUGAUACCAACUGCUGCAUUCUUUGUCUUAUUCAAGUAUUACGUGGUAUCAAUUUUGACUGGAGCUUCUCUUCCUCACCAAAUAACUGUUCAAAUUCAAGAUUCUUUAGAUUUAAAUGCAGAUGAUGGACCAUUAACACUCGGUGAUGACGACGACGAUGAUGAUGAUAAAGAUAAGGAAGAAAAAAAGAGUUUAAAAGAAAGAUUACAAGCCAUUCAAGAAGUAACGCAAACGGUACAAAAUUCAAUUGGCUACAUAGCGAGUCUUUGUGAAAGAGUAAAAAACUUGUUCAAUUUCACUGUUCCCUAUCUUAGCUAUCUUGCAAUGUUAUUGGCGAUCCUUGGAUUUAUGGUGCUAUAUUUUAUUCCCAUACGCUAUUUGAUAUUAGUCUGGGGCGUUAAUAAAUUUGCUAGGAAAAUCAUCAGGCCACACACUAUACCCAAUAAUGAAAUACUAGACUUAAUAUCCAGAGUACCAGAUGAUGAGGAAUUACUUAAUUAUAGGGAGUUGAAAUCUGUACCGACAUCUGACUGCGAAGGUCGGUCUUUGGGAAAUUCUAUGGGUCUAACUGCUUCUCUAGCAGGAGGUGCUGGCACUAUGACGCGUCGAGAGUUACGGAAACGUCACAAGGCUACUACUACUACUGCGUAACAUGUCCGCAGCUUGA